GCGGCGCGCUGUGGGCGGGGAUGGGGGGCUGGAAGGCGGGCGGUGGAGAAGGCGAAGGCGCUCCCUUCCCGCGCCGUUCCUCGGCCGGCCUGAGAGAAAUUUUCUGAGGCGGCGGCGGCGGCUUUCGUCCAGGGUCGGGGGGGGAGGUGGCCAUGGCGGGACUUUGCCCUCCCGGCGGCCUGGAGCAUUUGGAGCUGGGGCGGCUGCGGGACCCGCCGGGCAGCGGCGGCGGCGGAGCUUCUCCUCCUCCUCCUCCUCCUUCUUGCUCGCCGUCGCCGCCGCUCUCGUCUUGCUCGAGGCAGGCCUGGAGCCGGGACAACCCGGGCUUCGAGGCCGAGGAGGAGGCGGGCGAAGCGGCCAGGGCGGCUGGCAGGAGCGCGACGGCGGUGGCGGCGGGGCCCGUGCUGCAGAUGGGCGUGGUGGAGUGGGGCCGAGGAGGGGCGCCUUCGCCCUCGGAGCCCAGCGCCGACGCCCGACACCCAGGAGGGCCCGCCGAGAGCGGGAGGCAGCGGAGGCGCAGGCGGCGCGGCGAAGAGGAGGAGGGCGGAGGGGAAGGCGAAGGCCAGCGGCCUUGUUCCGCCGGAGGCGCCCCGACGCCGCGUUUCCCUCACGAGGAGGCGGGCGAGGAGGUCGCCGAGCAGCCGCCAACUCGCCGCCUCGCCUGGGCCAAAGGGAUGGCGCACCGCCUGCGAGGUUUGUGGGGUACUACCCUAAUGGAAGAAACCACAACCAGAGAGAGAUAUCUGAAAAGUGUUUUACGAGAAUUGAUCACGUACCUGAUUUUUCUCCUGGUCUUGUCUUUCUUGUCAUAUGGGAUGGUGAGUUCAAAUAUGUACUACUACACAAGGGUGAUGUCACAGCUCUUUCUAGACACACCAGUGUCAAAAAUGGAGAAGACCAAUUUUAAAACUUUAUCUACAAUGGAAGACUUCUGGAAGUUCACUGAGGGUCCUUUGCUAGAUGGCCUGUACUGGGAGAUGUGGUACAACAACAGAACCGUGGCAGAGAACAGGAGUUUUAUCUACCAUGAGAACCUGCUUUUGGGAGUGCCUCGCAUUCGACAGCUGAAAGUGAGGAAUGGCACAUGUUCAAUACCUGAAGAUUUAAAAGAUGAAAUUAAAGACUGUUACGAUGUUUACUCUGUGAGUAAUGAGGACACGGCACCAUUCGGGCCUCGCAAUGGAACCGCUUGGAUUUAUACCAGUGAAAAAGAUCUGAAUGGAAGCAGCCAUUGGGGAUUGCUUGCAACUUACAGUGGAGCAGGCUAUUACCAGGAUCUGUCCAGAAGCAGAGAAGAGACAUCUACGUUAAUUCUUGGCCUUAAGAACAGCUUGUGGCUUGAUAGAGGCACACGGGCAACAUUUAUAGAUUUUUCAGUGUACAAUGCAAACAUCAAUCUCUUCUGCAUUAUCAGGUUAUUGGUGGAGUUCCCACCAACAGGAGGCCUCCUUACAUCUUGGCAAUUCCAGCCUGUGAAGUUGAUCCACUACAUUUCCACUUUUGACUUCUUCCUGGCUGCCUGCGAAAUUGUCUUUUGUCUUUUUAUUCUUUAUUAUGUGGUGGAAGAAAUCCUGGAAAUUCAUAUACACAGACUCUUUUAUUUCAGGAGUCUUUGGAAUUGUCUUGAUGUUCUCAUUAUCGUGCUAUCGGUGGCAGCUAUAGGAAUUAAUAUAUAUCGAACAUCUGCUGUGGAUAGGUUACUGAAGGAGCUGCUGGAAAAUCAAAAUAACUUCCCAAAUUUUGAACCUUUAGCAUACUGGCAAACACAGUUCAACAAUAUUGCAGCUGUCACCAUGUUUUUCGUCUGGAUUAAGCUCUUUAAAUUUAUCAGCUUCAACCGAACAAUGAGCCAGUUAUCUACCACAAUGUCACGAUGUGCCAAAGAUGUUCUUGGGUUUUCCAUUAUGUUUUUCAUCAUUUUCAUAGCCUAUGCUCAGCUAGCUUACCUUGUGUUUGGUGCACAAGUUGACGAUUUCAGUACCUUCCAGGACAGUGUUUUUACUCAGUUCCGCAUCCUGUUGGGAGAUUUUGACUUUACAGAAAUUGAAGAAGCUAACAGAGUUUUGGGACCAGUUUAUUUCACUACAUUUGUGUUCUUUAUGUUCUUCAUUCUUCUGAACAUGUUUUUGGCCAUCAUCAAUGAUACAUACUCUGAAGUCAAAUCGGAUAUGGCACAGCAGAAAUCUGAAAUGGAACUGUCGGAUCUUAUAAGAAAGGGUUACACUAAAGCCAUGGUGAAAUUAAAACUUAAAAAAACACCAGUUGAUGACAUUUCAGAGAGUCUGCGACAAAGCGGAGGCAAAUUGAACUUUGAUGAGCUGCGACAAGACCUGAAGGGAAAGGGACACACUGAUGCCGAGAUUGAAGCCAUCUUUACAAAGUAUGACCAAGAUGGAGAUCAGGAAUUGACUGAGCUGGAGCAUCAGCAAAUGAGAGAUGAUUUGGAAAAAGAGAGGGAGGACUUAGAGUUAGACAGAAGCUCUCUGAAUCGUCCGCUGAGCGGCCGUAGCUUCCCACGAAGCCUGGAUGACUCUGAAGAGGACGACGAUGACGACAGCGGACACAGCUCCCGGAGGAGAGGCAGCAGCUCGAGCGGGGUUUCGUAUGAAGAAUUUCAAGUGUUGGUGCGGCGAGUGGAUCGCAUGGAACAUUCCAUAGGCAGCAUUGUUUCUAAGAUUGACGCUGUAAUCGUGAAGCUGGAAGCCAUGGAGAGAGCAAAACUGAAAAGGAAAGAGGUGCUGGGGAGGCUGCUUGAUGGGGUCACAGAGGACGACAGGCUGGGCCGUGAUAAUGAAGUCCACAGGGAUCAGAUGGAGAGACUUGUACGAGAAGAGCUGGAGCGAUGGGAAUCGGAUGAUACAGCAUCCCAAGUGAGCCACAGACUGGGAACUCCAAUGGGGCUCAACGGCCAGUCCCGGGCUAGGAGUUCCCGCCCUUCUUCCUCACAGUCCACAGAAGGCAUUGAUGCCGGAGGAGGUGGCAACAAUGUCCAUGUCUAGUAGACUUUUUCCUUUGCCUACAAAAUUAUGAGUAUUGCCCACAGUUAGUGAUUUGGCUAAGUCACAGGAAGCUCUAAGAUAUGCAGAGGCAGGUUCUGUAAGCAGAGACACAGCUGAGCUGUUGAUGCUUUUUAAAAUAUAAAUUUGGGAGACUAAGAAG